CGUGAGCUUUAUUUUUAAUUAUCAUACACGAGAAGGAAAUGGACGAAAGAACUAAGGGAAGGUGUUAACAAGUUAACAAGACACUUUCUAUGAAAUAAACGUACGAUUAAUAUAAGGCUUUCUGUAGACGUUAAAGCGUGCGGUCGUGUCAUUAUGUUGACCUGACGGUACUCUUUAAGUAGGACUUUGAUUUCUUUUUAACAGCAGUUCGCUUUGGUGACAAUAUUAGCAGGAAUUAUGCUAAGAGACACGACGAAAUGAAGAUCCUUCUUUUUCUUCUCGCUCUGUGUUAUCUCCAAGUGCACCAUGCUCAUGUACGAAGUAAAUUAAAUUUCGACAUCAUAACUGGAUCAACGUACUACGACCUUAGUUCGCGACUACCUUUGCCGGUAAAAUCAAUCGAGAACAAUCUUCAGAUAUCAUCUGACUUCUAUAAAACUGGCCUAGUUCGAAGAGUUGGUUUUCGACGCAAUGGUUGCACAUGCCAAACAUUAACCUGCGGAUGUUGUGUGGGCUUCAACUUUCCGCAAUUUAAUUUUAACAGAGAAGGAUGUAUGAAUUUCACCUACAAUCCCAAUGAAUUUUCUAUAACGUCGACCAUGUUAUUUAAUGGAAAUUCUGUAUUUACCAACACGAUUUCCGCUAAAAAUCCGCCUCCAGCAUGCAUCCCAGUACCAAUUCCCUAUUUACCGUCAGUUGACUUUUGUGUACGACUGUUUGACAUUCAUACACCAGGACAGAAUUUGCAUAUGUGUGUCGAUUUUGAAACUAGAAUCCAACGAGCAACUGUUCUUGUUUUACAUUUCGACUGUAUACGUAUGGGAAAUGAUGGAGUUGCGUUAGUUAAACCAGGCGCAACGUUAUCACCUUCGACAUCUACCGAUUCGCAAAUUGAUUCCGACGUUUUUGAUGAGAUAACAGAAGUGAAAGUUAAAAAGAACUUAGGUUCUUCAAAACUGUAGGUCAGGGUAUUCUUAAAAUCUUUAAUAAAGAGGGAUAUUAAAAUCUUAAUUGUUUUUAUUCAAUAAUAAUUGUUAGAGUUUAUUAGGUCUACAAGUGUGAUCUGAAUAUAAACUGCAGGUGGUGGAAUUUUUUGAUACAUUUUUAAUCAUGAACCAGUUUGAAAUUAAAAGGAAAAUUUAGUAGUGGGUAAACACCAACCAAAAGGGGCUAUUUUUUACCUUUUUGCUCCUGAGAAUAUAUCAAUUUCUAAGUAAUUAAUUUGCGUUGGUAUUUAUUAACAAUAAAGUACAAUUUACUAGUAAGGAACCUGAAGGAGCCAC